UAUAUUAUACUGUUUCCUGCUGAUUUUCUGCUUUCUUUCUUAUGAUUCAACAAAUUAACCUAUGCCGUUUGAAGCAUCUGACAGAAAGUUUGGGUUCCUGUGCUGUGCAGUAUAGUUAUUUUUCUUUCAACUCAAAGGUCAAAAUGUCUGCAAAUAGAUUCCUGGUUGAUGGUCCUUCUUACCAGGACCAAUUCUCAGAAGAUGAGAAUGAGGACGUGGUUCGUGCAAUUGAACUCUCUCUUCAAGAAUCAAAGGGAAAAGAAACAUAUAUAGAUUUGGAGUUUCACCAGAAUGAUGAAGUAGAAAAGCUUGCACAAGUGCUGGAAGAAAGCACAUUAUCUUCUGCUGAUUUGAGCACCAGCACCGAAGGCAGCAAACUGAAAUGGUGGAAACUUUUCAAGGAGUUUAAUCCACCUGUCCAAACAUCAAAGGGUGCUUCUUGGUGGAGAAAGAGUAGCAAGCGGUGCAAUACUCUUGUUUGUGAUGUUUGCGAGGAACAAAUUUGCUCGGAGUGGUUACGGUGUACCUACUGGGGCCAGACUGUCUGUAAAAAGCAUAUAUCUGAUGGAACUCCCUGCUGUUGUGCCUGUUCUAGAUUUAAGAUAGGAGAUAUCAAGUAUAUCACUCUGAGUGAUGAUCGACAACUUUGCCCUGAUUGUCGUUAUACAGCAGUGAUGGAUCCUGAAGACUGUAAGCCCCUUCUUGAUGAAGUGCACAGAUUUUUCAAAGGAUUAAACAUGAAAAUCAGAUAUUACAUUCCAAUUCUGCUAGUUGAUGGAGAAGAGAUAAUCAGAAUCCAUAAAAAGAGCAUACUUGGCUCGACGAUUUAUGAGAAAUUUGAACUGGAUGCCGUAACUUAUGUUUCAAGGUCAAUACAAAGGGGUGAAAAUGUUGAAGUGGUGAAAGAAGUAGAACAACUGCCUCCAGGACGCAAAGUGAGAUCAGUGCUGCUUUUAUACGGCUUUCCAAAGUUGGCCAUCGGAUCAACUUUGGCUCAUGAACUGAUGCAUGCUUGGAUGCGCGUUCAAGGUUAUAGAGGACUUGCCCUAAACAUUGCAGAAGGUCUUUCCCAGGUUAUGGCUCACAAGUGGCUAGAAUGGCAAUCUUUCACUGGCGAUGACUAUAUGAAGGGUACAAGUGAAAAAGCUCAGUUCUUGAGAAAUUUGAAAGAGUUUCUAAAAGAUGGAAUAGAGAAAAGAUAUUCUGAGGUAUAUGGUCAUGGAUUUAGAGAAGCGAAAUGGGCAGUUGAACGCUAUGGUUUGCGAUGCACACUGGAACAUAUAUCCCAGACAGGAAAGUUACCUGAAUGACUUUCUUCUCAGGUGACAUUACAUUUUUUUGUUAAUUCAUUCAUCAUUAGGAGGAACCUGAUGGUUAACAUUGACUUGUAAAUUUUUUUAUGUACCUUUCUGGCCUCAUUUUGUGGUCCUGAAAUACUUGGGUAAUGCAAAUUUUGGAUAAAAAUCUCCGGCAGCCCACAUGGCCAUAAUUUCCCUUGAAGAUCAGAUGAUAAAUUUGACUUCUUUUUAGUUCUA